UCUACCGCGUUUGGCGGCAGGUUUCGCCGUUUCGUAAGUUAUUAGGUUUAUCGAUAAUGCCGCGAGGAAAAGCAACCGCAGCCACCAGCAAAACUACAACUGCACAAAGUAAAGUGAAGAAAAAUAAAUCUCUAUGCAAGGAUGAAACCAAUUUAGAAAUAAAGGCAGAAGGUCAGGAAAUGGAGCCCGAAGAAGACUUGACCUAUGCCCAAAAUAAAAGUCCUAGUCUAGAUUUAAGCAAGUUCAAAUUUGAAAAGAAACCUCACAUCAAAAUUGAGUAUGAAAAAGAAUCUCCGGUCAAGCAGGAAACUAAAGGCCUUUGGGAACCACCCCACUGGCAGGACUUUCUACUGAACCUGAGAAAUAUGAGGGCUAAUAAAGACGCUCCAGUGGAUACUAUGGGUUGCCACAUGUCCUCCGAUCCUAAGGCACCCCCAGAAGUGAUAAGAUACCAGCAUCUCAUUUCUUUGAUGUUAUCAAGCCAAACAAAGGAUCAGGUUACAUUUGCGGCUAUGGAGCGACUUCGAGAGAGGGGACUCACCAUAGACAAUGUGCUGAGCAUGAGCGAUGAUGAAUUAGGCAAGCUGAUAUACCCAGUGGGAUUUUGGAAGACAAAAGUGAAGUACAUAAAGAAGACGACACAGACCUUGAAGGAACAGUACAACGGAGACAUACCAGACUCGGUGGAGAAGCUUUGCAAGCUGACUGGAGUUGGCCCAAAGAUGGCGCAUAUUUGCAUGAGCGUGGCUUGGAACAAGGUCACCGGCAUAGGUGUGGACACCCAUGUGCAUAGGAUUAGUAACAGGAUAGGUUGGGUGAAGAAGCCAACAGCCACCCCAGAAGACACCCGCAAAGCCCUGGAGGCUUGGCUGCCUUUUGAACUGUGGGGUGAGGUCAACCACCUACUUGUAGGCUUCGGACAAACAAUCUGCCUACCCAUUGGCCCUAACUGUGAAGAGUGCUUAAACAAUGACAUCUGCCCUUCUAGAGGAAUAAAAAAGUCACCUAAGAAAGCAACUCCCAUAAAAGUGAAAGAAGAAAUUGAUCCAUUAGAUAUUAAGAUAGAACAAGCUGUAAAAAAAGUUUUGAAGAAUUUAAAACUUGAAGAUGGGAUAACAUUGAAUGUUCCAAAUGCAAAAGCUCCAAAAGUGAGAAAAAUAAGCCCCAAAAAAGAAAUUGUCAUAAAGGAAGAUAGUAAUCAAGAAGUAAAUUUACAGAUUCCUGAAUGUGAAUCAAAGCCUAAGGCACAAAGAAAAAGAAAAGUUACUCCUAAAAAGGCUGUGCAACAAGAAGUUAUUGAAAAUAGUGCAGACAAUUUAGCAGCUGAUUCAAAUUCUGAGAAUUUACAAAGGAAAAGAAAAAUAACACCAAAAAAAGCUAAAGAGCUAGCUGAUGUUAACACCAUAGAAGAAAGUUUAACAAUACUGAAUAUUGGUGAUAAAAAGGAACCAAGGAAAAGGAAAGUUAAACCUGCAAAAGAGAGUAAACAAACUGAUAACAGUAUAAGUACAAAUAGCAUUGACAUUAAAGCUCCACCAAAAAGGAAGAUCACUCCCAAAAAAGCGCAAAUACAACAGAAUAAUGAUGAUGAUGAUUUUGUGCAGCCAAUCUCAGUAGAAGUAAAAAGCAAUGUGGAGAAAUUGACUAAAAAACCACCAGUCAAACGUAAAUCACCGAGAGUGCAAACUAAUACAGAUGAUAUCCAACCCACAAGUAAUAAAACUGGUAGGAAGACAACUAAGAGUUGUUAGAGCAUUAGCUUAACAUUAAUGAGGAGGCGCACUCAAAGGUUAUGACAGAUGGCGCCACCCUAUUGAGAGCGAGAUGAUAUGUUUUUUUUUCUCUCACAUAUGAAUGAGUGACAUGCCUAGACACUUGCACAGGCGCCGCCUGGCGGGAUAAAAUGUCAGUGUGCCUCUUCAUUGAUAAAGAAGAGUUUAAAAAACCACCUAGCAAUUGUAAAGUUUGAAUCAGUGCUAGUUAUCAUUGUUUUUGUGUAAUUAUGGAUCAUAAAACAACCUUACCUCAAUUAUGCAGUUACCUAAUUAUAAUUACAUUGCAUGUUUGUUAAUUUCGAUUUAUUGUU